AUGGCUCCUCCUCGUCCUUACAUGUACAAUUACGGCGAUGGCCCGCAGCCAGCCCCUCCUCCACCCUACGGAUACUACCCGCCGUACCAAACCCACGUCGUCGUCACCCCUUCUCGUCAGGACCGUCGUCGCUCCUGCGCGAGGUUCGUCGUUUCCACGGCGCGCCAGUUCUCUCUCAUCAUUCCAUUCGUCAUCGUCAUCCUCAGUAUCUGGUGGUCCUUCCGGUACCAGGUGUGCCCCAGCGAUGCCGCCGUGGGACAUCCAUGCUCGUGGCUGCUAUGGUUGAGUCUACCCAUCGCUAUCGCCUCGGCUAUCUGGAGCAUCGCCAUGAUCAUUUCGGCCCGUCGCGCCCUCCAUCACAUGUCACAUGUGCCCACGCCCGUCAAUGCUGCAGUCCAGCUCAUCCUCGCCAUCGGCGCGACCGUCUGCUUCGCCCUACUCGUCUAUCACAUGGAGACCUACGACUAUUGGACUCGAUACACAGAGGGUGGAAUGGCUGCACUCCUUGCGAUGCUCUUCAUCGUCAAUUGGAUUCUAUUUGUCUGGACACUGAAAGAGAUCAAGGACGACCGACAACAGCGGCAGCAUGCAAACAGUCACAUCCCCAUAUGA